CACACCCACACCCACACCCACACACACCACACCCACACCCACACCCAAAAAUGACGAACCAUUCAGUUCAUCUUGUGCUUAGUUGGGUUAUUGACAAACUGUCAAUUUACUAAUCUGAAAAAUCAAAAAAACUAUUCGGCCUGGUUUGGCCUGCAGGCAGGCCAGACCAGGCCCAGGCUGACUUUUGAAUUUCAGCCUGGUCUGCUCAGCAGGCCAGGUGAGGCUGGAAAAAGUGGGCUGUUGGCAGCUCUGAUCCUGAUUGGUUAAACAACACAGAUUCAGAUGGUAUUACUGUGAAUAAAUGGUUAAAACAAGGUGAGAAAUACAUCAACAUUCAUAUGUAUUUUAUGUAAAACAGGUGAUCUUGAUUGUUCCAAUCAAGGAUGGGGAGCCAUAGUACAGCACAUGAAAACAAAAGGCCGUAAAAAUCGUUUAAGUAUCGCGUAAACAUGCUUAGAAAGAGAAAGUGUUGCUAUACCACUAUGCCAUAAAAGCUUUUUUGUUGGACUACUUGUGAUAUUGAUUACUUUGCGGAAGAGAGGAGGUACAGAGCAUGACCUAUGUAGUACUUGAGUCAUCCCAUGUGAAUAAUAUAACAUCAUUAAAAAAUAAUUCAACAAUUUGUAUUACAUCUUUAAAAGCAACACCAUCAUCAACAGAUAAUACAUUCAAUAUCACAAUUGAGAUUAGAUAAUACAGAACGACCUAUUGUAUUAGACUUUCAAGAACAAAUUACAAAAGUUGAAGCGAUAUGGGCAUUAACAGUUGCCCAACGUGGUUAUAGCUUUAAUUCAUGUGAUGAAAUCGGAGAUGUUUUUCAUCACAUGUUUCCUGAUUCUAAAAUAGCACAAAAAUUUAGUAUGCAGUCAAGAAAAACUUCAUAUGUCUUAUCUCAUGGUCUUGGUCCAUAUUUUCAUCAAGAACUUAUUAAAUCUCUAAAACCAGCUAUUCUUAAAACUGCUAUUUUAGAUUCACUUAAAGCUGAUGGAUUAGAACUUAAACAAUUAUUAAUGUUAGGUCGUGAUAGUCCAUUUGUUAAUUUAUCGUUGGAGAAUAUGAUUGAAAAUGAAAUGAAAAAGGUUGGUUGUGGUCUUUUGAAACUUGGUGGUUGUCAUCUUCAUGUAGCACAUAAUGGUUUUAAAGCUGGUUUAUCCUCAACAGAUUGGAAUAUUCACAAUAAACGUAUCGAUAUUUAUUCAUGGUUUAAACAAUCACCUGCUCGCAAAGAAGAUUUGAUUGAUAUAAUUAGCGAUUGUAAUUGUGUUAUUGAAAAGACAAUACUAUAUUUCACCAAUACACGGUGGGUUUUGUUAGGCAAAGUAAUAACGCGCGUUUUAACAUUAUGGGAACCAUUACAUGAAUAUUUUUUAAUGUAUUUACCAGUCAAUAAAAAACAACAAGUUGAAAAUAAUGAUCGUUAUGAAAGAAUUAAAGAAUCGUUAACUUCGUAUGUAAUUAAAAUUAGAUUGCAGUUUGUAUUGUUUUUAUGUGAAACAAUAUUCGAUCGUUUUUUGACAUUGUUUCAACAAGAAGCACCACAUAUACAUCUUCUUUAUUAUGAGUUGUCAUUGUUGUAUCGUUUAGUUUUAUUACAAUUUUUAACAUCAGAUUGUGUUGGUGAUAAAGUUGAAGGAGAAGGAGCUCGAAAACUAUUAAGUAAUCUUACACAAAAAGAGCGAGAAACAUUUUAUGAAGAUGUUAGAACCAUUUAUCAUACAAUAGCUGAGUAUUUGAAAAAGAAUCUACCAUUAAGAAAUUCAUUUUUACGUGAUAUACAAAUUUUUCAUCCCUCGUAUAGAUCUGUACAAUAUAGUGAUGAUAUCGUACGUAUUUCUAGAACUGUUCCAGGUCUAUUGAGUGAUCAAGAGAUUGAUUAUACACGUGAUGAAUGGUUAAAUUAUUCACUUGAAAACAUUGAUGAAACGUGGUACAUUAAAGAGAAAAAAAAGGAUUAUUUAGGUGCUGAAAUUGUUAUAUAUCAUCGUAUUGAUUAUUAUUGGAAUAAGGUUUUGAGCAUUACAACGACGGAUAGUCGUCAGAAAUAUUCUACAUUAAGCAACCUAAUUAAAAACAUUCUUAUUAUUCCUCAUGGUAAUGCUGAUGUUGAACGUAGUUUUUCAAUAAAUGAAAAUAUAGUUCCGGAAAAUCGAUCAUUAUUAUCUGAUUCGUCAAUCAAUGGAUUAAGGUCAACAUAUGAUAGUAUAAAAUUUGCUGGUAAUGGUUCAAAUCACAAGGCAUAUAUCCGUCUAUUUUAUCUUUAUUUAAUAUUUGCUAUUUCUUAA